UCUACAAAAGCCCAAUGGGCGAGGCUGAGGAAAUGCCUGGGCACGACCCUUCUCAUGGCAUUCCCGGGGCGCCCGCAUAAGCCCGUACCCACUCACGCUCGGGGACUUUCUCGGAAUCGCGCUUCUUCUUCGAGCCGCCUCGAGGCGCGCCCCGUCCAGGUCUCUUUAGCUCCGCCCCCUGAUGAGGGGGCGUGGCCUCCUCAGGGCCGGGGCGUGGCCCAACCGGGAAAUGGGCGUCGAACUCCCCUUCCCAGUCUGGAGCCACCCAAUCAAGGCGGGGCGGGAGACCGAUCACGUGACCCGCAAGCGGUCUCACCCUCCUCAUGUGCCAGUACCACCUCCUCCAGUCCCAGAGGGGGGAUGUCUUACUCCUUUCCAGGAAGCAAACCCUUUAUUUGAGUACGGUUUGCGUCCACAUAGCGUGAGGGUGAGAUCUUUGGGAGCCACUGGAACCGUCUUUGCCCCCUCGGUGGGGUUUUGUCUCCUGGCUUCCCCUAAGUGCGAGGCAGUUGGUCUCGCCCAGCCGGGUCUUGGGCGCGGCGGCGGCAGCCGCGUCACUGGCGGGCGGGAUCCCUCCGCUCUGGGGAGGCAGCGCUGGCGGCGGGGUUGGGGCCACUGAGGAAAUCCAUCCGCGCCGCCGCCGCCGCCGCCGCCGCCUCCGCCGCGGAGGAAGACAGCGCCGCCCGCGCGCCGCCAGCGACCCCGCCGCAGAGUCCCACCGCCACAGGCCUCGGGCCAGCGGCCAGGAGCUGCCUCCCCCAGCCCCCGUCCCGCGGCCCCCAGCCGCCCCCAACCCCGCCCCACGGGCCCGGCGCCAUGAGUGAGCUGGAGCAACUGAGACAGGAGGCCGAGCAGCUCCGGAACCAGAUCCGGGAUGCCCGAAAAGCAUGUGGGGACUCAACACUGACCCAGAUCACAGCUGGGCUGGACCCAGUGGGGAGAAUCCAGAUGAGGACCCGGAGGACCCUCCGUGGGCACCUGGCAAAGAUCUAUGCCAUGCACUGGGGGACCGACUCAAGGCUGCUGGUCAGCGCCUCCCAGGAUGGGAAGCUCAUCAUCUGGGACAGCUACACCACCAACAAGGUUCACGCCAUCCCGCUGCGCUCCUCCUGGGUCAUGACCUGUGCCUAUGCGCCCUCAGGGAACUUUGUGGCCUGUGGGGGGCUGGACAACAUCUGCUCCAUCUACAGCCUCAAGACCCGCGAGGGCAACGUCAGGGUCAGCCGGGAGCUGCCUGGCCACACUGGGUACCUGUCGUGCUGCCGCUUCCUGGAUGACAACCAAAUCAUCACCAGCUCUGGGGAUACCACCUGUGCCCUGUGGGACAUUGAGACAGGCCAGCAAACAGUGGGUUUUGCUGGACACAGUGGGGAUGUGAUGUCCCUGUCCCUGGCCCCCGAUGGCCGCACGUUUGUGUCAGGCGCCUGUGAUGCCUCUAUCAAGUUGUGGGAUGUACGGGAUUCCAUGUGCCGACAGACCUUCAUCGGCCACGAAUCUGACAUCAACGCGGUGGCUUUCUUCCCCAACGGCUAUGCCUUCACCACCGGCUCUGAUGACGCCACGUGCCGCCUCUUCGACCUGCGGGCCGAUCAGGAGCUCCUCAUGUACUCCCAUGACAACAUCAUCUGUGGCAUCACCUCUGUUGCCUUCUCGCGCAGCGGCCGGCUGCUGCUCGCUGGCUACGACGACUUCAACUGCAACAUCUGGGAUGCCAUGAAGGGCGACCGUGCAGGGGUCCUCGCUGGCCACGACAACCGUGUGAGCUGCCUUGGGGUCACCGACGAUGGCAUGGCUGUGGCCACUGGCUCCUGGGACUCCUUCCUCAAGAUCUGGAACUAACGGCCCCACCCCUGCUGGGCCCAGGCCGGGAGGGGCCCUGCCCAUGCCCACACUACAGGCCAGGGCUGAGGGGCUGGGCACACUCCCAGCCCCCUUCCCUGGGCCACGGGGCCUUGGGUCCCUGCCCUCCCACCCAGGUUUGGUUCCUCCCGGGGCCCCCACUGUGGAGAUAAAAAGGGGAUGGAAUGGGGGAAAAGGAGGGGCAGGAGGCCCUCAUCCUUCUGCUGCCCUGGGGUUGGGGCCUCACCCCUCUGGAGGGCCAGAGGCAGGAGGUGGAAACCCCAGGGGCUGGCUUUUUUAAAACUGGUUUUAUUUUAAUUUUUAUUAUAUUUUCAGUUUUUCCAUAAAGGAGCCAAUUCCAACUCUGUA